AUGAAUUUCUCAUUAUUAUUUGUGUUCAGUUGUUGAGAAUUGUGAUUGUAGACAUGAGCAUCAAUUGGAUUAAAAUAACUGAGCGUGCACGCGAGGGCAUCAAAAUCAUAAACGCCCUGCCCUACGAUACUUUCACAACAGUUCUGCUCUACGUGCACCGCCAGAUGAGUCCAGCGAGUAGUGGCUCUGGCAGUGGAAGCGGCUCGGGUCUGUCGGGCACCGUUGGCACCAGUGUCACAACAACGGAGCGGGCUGGCAGCAGCAGCGGCGAGACUAGCCACACUAGCAGCGAACCGGAAUAUACACUGGAGGAGCUGGAGCGUUUGGUGGGCGUGGCACGAGCCGACUUUUUGCUGUUGAUCAAAACAUUCUCGUACAUCUUGAGGCGCAUCUCAACGUUCAUCAUCAAGCCGAGUCAUUUGCAGCGCGAGCUGCGCGAGAAGUUGCAGCUGCAGGACGAGGCCAAAAUCGAUGCCAUUUUGCGGCUGUGGGUGCGCCAGACGACGCCCAUGAUGAACAACCUGGCCAGCGAGCGCUAUGAGUCGAAUGUGAUUGAGGACAUGGCCUGGAAACUGAACGUGGAGAUCGCAUCCCAUUGCCAGCAGCGCGAGAAGACAGCCCUGGCCGUGCUGCAGCUAAAAACAGGCGCCAGCGAGGACAUCAACUUUGAGAUGACGCAGCCAGAGCUGCUGCAGCUGUACAAUCAAUUCGAGCAAAUUCAAUCCGAGCUGGACGCAACGCUGGCCAAUAUGAAGAACACCGAAUGCGGCAGCGGUGAUCAGUAAUUCAUAUUCAUUUUGACGAUUGCCUUUUGACACUUGACUCGUUAUUAUAAUGCCUGUUAUGCCAGUUGUAUGGUAUUUGUUGGUAUCUAAUGCAUACAUAUUAUGUAUUCGGUUGUAUUUAGUUUUUAGAUGAAUUCCAGCUUAAGCCUGCAUCGCCAAUACAAUUGAUUAAAUCAAAAUGUAUCGUGUGAGUAUCGCCAAGAAGUAUAUAUGUAGAUUAAUCCAAUAAAAGUCGUUUAGUUGUAAAUUGAAUGUAA